CACACACAUACACAGCUCUGGGAUCAGCUCAACUAUUUUGAUUUGUGAAUGUAAGACGAAAAAAUUAUAUACGCGUCUCCUUUGUUCGCCGCCGGCGUUUUUGCGCACAGUUCGGCGCAAUUUCGUCAAUUUUCGGCCUCCAAUCGUGAUGAUUUUUUACGGAACGCGUCGCUGCCGAAAUACAAAAGGGAAAUCGCUCAUUUUUCAAUAUUAACAUUAAGUUGGAGUCUGUGGCAAACUUUGGCCACACCUAGAUCCUGUCCCAUUUCCACUAAAAAAGCAGCUUUUUUUUUCCCCCUUUCUGGUGCGUUUGUUUGUGUGUCGGCGAGUCCCGGCGGUGUAACCGGAGAGGGGCCUCAGAGAGGGAAUGCAGGACUGCAAUGGAGCACAAUGCAAUACAGUGGUUGGGUGCUCCCUCCUGCCAGAGAGGCAGCUAUGCCUUCUAUAAGUCAGUGGGCAGCAGAACUCGACCCGAUGGCCCUGUCCAGGUCUGGAAACUUGGGGAGUUCUACUUCAUCCAGUGUGGACCGCAGGAUCCUGUAUGUCUUGCUGAGGUGACCUUACUGUGGGAGGACCAGACACAGCCCCACCUGUUGGCCAGCGCCAGGUUGUACUUCCUGCCUGAGGACACGCCCAAGGGUCGAACCAGGGAGCACGGAGAGGAUGAGGUUCUGGCCGUUUCCAGGAAGAUGGUUUUGCGAGUGGAGGACCUGGUGCGAUGGUCGUGUUCGGGGCCGUCGUGUUGGAGUUUGAGUUUGAAGCCGUCGCUACCCACCAACAGCGGGACAAAUGGCCUCCACAAACCUGUACUGAACGAUGGAGAUGCGAAUGAUAGGAACAGCGAACCGCUCAAAGACAAAAUAGAAAACGGCGUGGUGGAGCGUCAGGGGGUCAAAGUGCUCAGCUACCCUCAGUACUGCCGUUACCGCUCCCUGAAGAGGCGGAUCCAGGAGGGGGCGACGGGGCCGGGGCUCCAGGACCCCCACCUAUUGGCCCUGGGGGGCGUCAAGCUCCCAAUGCCCAACACCCGAGUGAUGUACUGUAGAGACACCUUCCACCACCCGACCCUGGAGAGCACCGUCAGCUUCACCUGGCAGUUCAGAUGUCCGUCUCUCAGUCUCCGAGGACGUCCUCGUAAGAGGAGAGGCCGCGACGGCAAAGACUCCCCGACCUCCAGCCAUUCAGAGUCCUGGAUAGAGAGGAUGAAGGAGAACGUGAUGGGCAGCGUUGAGGUCGGCUGUGAAGGCAGCUGGCUCCCUCACCCUGAGGAGCAGCUGUUCCUGGAUCAGCUUUAUGCCUUCAUGGAGCGCCACGGCUCACCCAUCCACAAAGUCCCCAACCUCGGCUUCAAGAAGAUCGACCUCUUCCUCAUGUACUCCGUGGUCAAACGGCUCGGAGGUUACGAAAAGGUGACGUCGGACCGUCUGUGGAAAGUGGUCUACAAUGAGCUGGGAGGAUGCCCCGGCAGCACCAGCGCCGCCACCUGCACCAGGAGACACUAUGAGAGGUUGAUGCUUCCGUAUGAGGAGCACCUCAGAGCGGGAGGAACAGAACUCAAAAUCCCAGAAUCCCCCUUGCCUCCAAAGCCCAGAGGCAUCAGAGGAAGGAAGCCACUUCCGAGGGGCAGAAAACCAGGACCGAAACCCAAAGAGAAGAAGAUUCCUCUUCCUCCUCCCCCUCCUCGUAUGAUUGUGAACCCUGACGGCACCGUGGUGGUGAAGAGAGGCCGAGGCCGACCGCCGGGCAAACGGAACAAGGCCACGCUGCUCGCUCAAGCCAAGCUGCUCGCCCAGCAGCAGCCCAAAGUCAAGAUGCCGGCGGUGGCUGAGAUUCAUCUGAGUCCUCUGCUUCCAGGCAGAGGCCGAGGAGGACCGACUGCCAGCAACACACACAGGGUACCGCAGCCUCUCCACACAGCCUCUCUGCAGCCCAUCCAGCCGGCCAUCCUCUCCGUCAACCUGCCCCUAACCCCCGACCUCUCCCCCAUGUCCGCCCCCUUCCUUUCCUUCCAGCCCAAACCCAAGGAGCUUAAGCAGGAGCGAGGGGAGUCUGCGGCUCCUCCUCCAACUCCAGGAGUCCUCCUCUCUGCUCUGCCUCGCCACUUUGUCGGAGGCUCUCUGGGCGGAUUCAGCCCUAUCAAAGGCAUGUGUCCCCUGGACGUCUUCAGGAACCGACUGGGUGUACAGAGAGGCCUGGAGAGUCCGGCCCUGACGCCACAAGACCCAACACAGCAGCACCAUACGACCGUCUACACCCUGCAGCCCAAAAGCGGAAGCCCUGAUGCCCCCCACCCCAGCGGAGACCAGCUCCAGCCCCAGCCUCACCUGCUCCACCAGCACCACAACCACUGCUCGGGGUGCAACGUGGAUGAGGUGGCCCAGAGAGGAGGCACCCGGGAGGUCAGGAACAGACUACCUCUGCCCCCUCUCCGGGUCCUGCCUCUCGAUCUGGACUGCAGUGUUCAGGUGCGCCAGCUGAUGAGGACUCGUCUGGGCUCAUCACAGUUCCAGACCUUCACCCGCCGACUGUCUGAGGCGCUGUCCCAGGACCAUGUACAAUUAGCCAAGCCCCCUUGUUCUCCCAUUACACCCCCCCCUGAGCAGGCACUGCCUCUCAAUCUCAGUAAACGCUUCCCAGCUAAGAGGCCGCAUUCAGAGGGACCAGAGCCGAGCAGAGCCAUGACCAACGGGGAUCAGCCUUCGACAAAAAGACCAAAAAUUGGUGGUGCAGAGCAGACCUCCGCCGAGGACUUCAGCCUGGGGGUUCAGCCUGGCUCUGGAGGAAUGGGAGGGGAAGGAGGAGCAGGAGGACAGGAUGUAGAGAUGAAGAUCCAGGACGAGCCGGCAGACCUCAGCUCCCCCAGCAGGAUCAGAGCCUUCCUGCUGGGCCUGCCACCUUUCCAGGUGAAGCUGGAGGAAGAUCUGAAUGGGACGAGGCUGGCCAAGUUUAUUCCUCCAGCGUCUGUUGUUGAAUCCAGAAGAACUGAAGCGGCGAGAGCAGAAGGUGCAGCGAUGAAAGAAGUGAAGAAGGAGGAGGAGGCGGUGAAGGUUGAGAAGAGCAGCAAAACGGAGUCAGAAGAGGAGGAGAAGACGACCAGACAGGUGUUAAAGGAAGAGACGGAAAAUAAGGAAGUGACGGAAGAUAGCAAAAGCCCAGUGACCACCUCAGCGGGCCAGAUUGGGGAUUUUGGAGGUCAGCAGAUUGCUGAUGUAGAGAAAAUGGAGUGCGAUGUUGAGGCCUCCGCCAAGGGGCUGCCGAGCCCCGUCCUGCCUCAGCCCACUGCUCUGGUCCUGGCCCAGCAGAGCUGAGGAGGCUCGGGCUCUGAAACACUAAACGUACAUUGUUUUUAGCAUUCUUCAUGCUGUUGAUAUUAGCAUUUUCUGAUGGGCUUGUUGGUUCUGGGAUCUGAAAAUCCCCAGCGGGUUUUUAAAGCCUGAAAACACGGAGCAGGGAUGUUUCUUUUCUUCAUCUGAACUCACUACUUCUCUUUGCCUCUGUUGAUGUUUUUUCUCAUUUCAUCUCUUGUUGUUAUUUCCUGUUUUUUUUCGUGGUCUUCAACCAUGGCGUUGAUUGGACUUAGCAGGGGAAUGACGACACAGAGACUCAUGACAAUCACUAUCAGUUCCUCUUCCCUUCUCUGUUGGUUUCAGCCUUUUUUCAGUUAAAAAAAAAAGAAACAGAGGAGUGAGACUGUGACUAACAAACACUGCCAUAACCCAUCAUAACACUAUUAACUCCACUAUUCAAUGUUACAGUGAAAUAUUGAAUAUGAUCCAUAUUACCUAAAAACAAAAAUCAAUAUUACAUCUAUGGGUGAUGCUAUGCAUCAAGACUCCAGUAAUUAGCAGUUAGAGUGUACUGUAGUUUGGUAGUGUCAUUUUUAAAUUGUACUCUACAUCUGUAGAGAAAUAGUUAUUUUCUGAUAAAGUGUUUAGAUGUUAUCCGGAGUGAGAAGCUCCUCAGUCUUCACAUUAUAGCUUGUUAAGUGAAGCAUUUAUAGUCCUGCUCGUUAGCUGAACUUAUAUAAACUCCCUUUUCUUACACACACGUGCCUUAAACGGCCUGUGGUGAUCUGGUUCAUCACAGGCCUCAGAUACGUUCAUGUAAAGAGAUACCUUGAUGUUGGACCUGAUGAGUUGUUUUCUUCACUGCUCAGUGGGGCUGGGUAUCGGGUUUUACGAUCCUAGAGCUCAUUUGAUGGCUGAGUUAUUUAAAGAAAAAGAAAUUAAAGUUAAAAAAAAAAAAAAGCCAGUUUUUAAUGCCUAAAUUCAAGGACUCGUACAUGGAGCUGAAACUGAAACCAUGAGAAAUAAACCAGGAUUCGACACUAACAUUCACAACUUUGUUGGCUUUAAUAAUUGUGUUGGUUUGGAUGUUGUGAAGUGGGUUUGUCUGUGGUACUUCUGCUUGAUCAGUGUUUACCUGCAGUAGAUGCCCUCAGUUUAAUGAAGCAGACAGGACUUGCAUGCAAAGAAGCAGACUAUCUCCUCACAGAUACAUUUCUGCACCUGACGUCCACACCACUCAGAUAUGUUUUGAUCCCUAAAACCAAGGACUUACUAAACACUGCUAACUUAAUUUGGAGACUCCAGGGUUGUACUGUAUCAUAAAUGUAUUGAAAAAACUCAAAGCCAAACGUGCGGUUAUGCUGCUUUGCAAAAAAUUGUUGAGGGACUAUGUUUUGGUGGAACUUUAACAUGAAAGAAGUUGAGCCCUGGCUUUCAAAUGAUCCAGGUAACAGGGGGAAAGAAGACAGCAGAUUACUUCCUGGCAGGGAUACUUCACAUAUGGUUUGGAUUUUUUACAGACUACAAGUCAGUGAAUAGAUCAGUAAAAGCAGUAUUUCUCCAUUUAAUUAUAAUCUAAUAUUGGAUAACAGUAAUACAGGAUUAAGUAGGUGGUAAAAGGCAGUUGAGGUGAACUAAUAAUUUUAAAAGUUGACAUAUCACUGCCCCCCCCCCCCCCCCCCCAAAUUUGACCCUGAAAACACGUACUGCCUCUGAAUUAACUUCCUUUCACUUUAUUGAAAACUGGAUAAAUAUUAAGUAGAACAUCCAAGUUAAAAUAAUAUCCUGAAUAAAACUACAUUUUGGGCUGUUCUUCAAUGGGGUUUUUUCCCCUGUUUUCCACUUAAUAUUAGUCAUUGACCAAUAUUUGUGCCAACUUCUGCCAAUACUGU